CUCAAGCCGGUAUUUAUAACUCCUCUGUUAUGGUGAUGGUUAGGCACGCGAUUUUGAUCUCCAAGUCGUACCUUUUUUCGGCUGCCGACUAGUUUUAUGAGUGCAAGAGCAAGCUCAGUGAAUCCAGAGAUGAAGGCGGCGGCGGAGGUGAUGAUGGAGAUCGAGGCGAACAAGCCGGCGGGGAACGGGCUGGUGGUGGGAAGGGGGCUGAGUCCGCUGAGCGAGACGCUGUGGAAGGAGAAGGCGAACGUGGAGCUGAUCGGCGACGUGUCGGCGAGGCUUACGUGGAAGGACCUGACGGUGACGGUGACGGUGGCGGGUGGCGAGACGCACCGCGUGCUGGAGGGUCUCACCGGCUUCGCCGAGCCCUGGGCGCUGACGGCGCUCAUGGGCCCCUCGGGCUCCGGCAAGUCGACGCUGCUCGACGCCCUCGCCGGCCGCCUCGCCGCCAACGCCUUCCUCUCCGGCGCCAUCCUCCUCAACGGUCGGAAGGCCAAGCUCUCCUUCGGGACCGCUGCAUACGUGACCCAGGAUGACACCUUGAUCGGAACUUUGACGGUGAGGGAGAUGAUCUCCUACUCCGCACGUCUCCGGCUGCCGGACAAGAUGCCGAGAGAGGAGAAGCGAGCUCUGGUGGAAGGGACCAUCAUGGAGAUGGGCCUCCAGGACUGCGCAGACACUGUGAUCGGAAAUUGGCAUCUCCGGGGGAUCAGCGGCGGCGAGAAGAGGAGGGUCAGCAUCGGCCUCGAGAUCCUCAUGAGGCCGAGGCUGCUCUUCCUGGACGAGCCAACCAGUGGACUCGACAGCGCUUCAGCCUUCUUCGUGACGCAAACGCUGCGAGGUUUGUCGAGAGACGGCAGGACGGUGAUCGCCUCGAUUCACCAGCCCAGCAGCGAGGUCUUCGAGCUGUUCGAUCGCCUUUAUUUGCUCUCCGGCGGCAAAACUGUCUACUUUGGCCAGACUUCGGAGGCUUGUGAGUUCUUUGCUCAAGCUGGAUUUCCCUGCCCACCUCUAAGGAAUCCAUCAGACCAUUUCUUAAGGUGCAUAAACUCGGAUUUCGACAAAGUGAAAGCUACCCUAAAGGGAUCUCUAAAGACAAGAGUGGAAAGGAGUGAUGAUCCCCUUGAUAGAAUGACAACAUCGGAAGCAAUACGAACAUUGAUCGAGUUCUACAAUCACUCUCAGCAUCAUUACUCUGCAAUACAGAAAGUGGAUGAGAUUUCAAGAGUGAGAGGAACGGUGUUGGAUUCAGGAGGCAGUCAGGCUAGCUUCUUGAUGCAAGCUUUUACGUUGACGAAGCGAUCGUUUGUGAACAUGUCGAGAGACUUUGGUUACUACUGGCUAAGGCUGCUGAUCUACAUUGUUGUGACCAUCUGCAUUGGAACCAUCUAUUUGAAUGUUGGAACUGGAUACACCUCUAUACUGGCUCGGGGGGCAUGUGCUUCAUUCGUCUUCGGCUUCGUGACAUUUAUGUCUAUUGGUGGAUUCCCAUCCUUUGUGGAAGAUAUGAAGGUUUUUCAGAGAGAAAGGCUCAAUGGCCAUUAUGGUGUCCUAGCAUUUGUCAUCAGCAACACCCUGUCUGCAAUGCCUUUCUUGAUCAUGAUAACUUUAGUCUCAGGAACUCUUUGCUAUUUCAUGGUACGCCUUCACCCAGGCUUCACACACUACUUAUUUUUCGUGUUGGCUCUCUACGCGAGUGUCACCGUGGUCGAGAGCUUGAUGAUGGCCAUUGCUAGUGUAGUCCCUAACUUUCUAAUGGGAAUCAUCAUAGGUGCCGGAAUUCAGGGAAUAUUCAUGCUUGUUUCUGGCUACUUUAGACUUCCUAAUGACAUCCCAAAGCCCUUUUGGAGGUACCCAAUGACAUAUAUCAGUUUCCAUUACUGGGCAUUGCAGGGUCAGUAUCAAAAUGACUUGAGAGGUCUAGUAUUUGACGGCCAGGCACCCGACCUACCGAAGAUUCCAGGCGAAUACAUACUCGAGCACAUCUUUCAGAUCGACGUCAAUCGAUCAAAAUGGCUGGAUCUUUCAGCCCUCUUCAGUAUGAUAGUAAUAUACAGGAUCUUUUUCUUCUUGAUGAUCAAGAUCAGUGAGGAUGUGACCCCAUGGAUAAGAGGAUACAUCGCGAGAAGAAGGCUACAGAAGAAGCAGAGCUCUUCUACUGAUCUUGCGACUCGGAUACCGUCUCUUAGGGGCUAUGUGGUUGCAAUAGAGCCCAAUUCAACCAGCAGUGGUUAGGAAACUAAAGAUUAAGAGAUUUGUUUCAUGAUCUCUAUAGAUGGAAUUGCCGGUGUUACUUUCUGUUCUUGAGAAUACAUAGAAAAGUUUGUCUUUAUAAGGAUGAUAUUUGAUAAUUCAUAACUCAUUCGGUACUCAGAUUCUAACA